UCCGUGGAAGGUCCUGUUAUCUCCACGUCGCCGCGUUGAGUGGCCACUUGGUGGGCCAUGGUGACAUAAAAAGAGGACCUUUACGAAGUAUUAAAGUAGAAAUCUUGACAAGCUUUUAAAAAAGAACUGGGAACACAUCAAUGGUUACCGUUUGUUCCACCAGUGCCUCAUGGCUUCCCGCCACUCCUAUACCUCAACAAUCUUUUCCUGCAUUGAAAACGAGAAUACCCAGUUGCAGUUCUAAGCUUUUCUCUUUGAAUAAAGUGAUAAUUGGCCAGACUUUGAAGGUUGAGGAAGCUCAAGAUUGUGCUUUUGGAGUUGUUUCAGUCCGCGAGGAGGAGACCCUUCUCGUCAAUGAAUGGCCUCAGCUUAUUCAGUCCUCAAUUGGGUCUAAGAAUCUCCAUCUGGGUCGGACGAUUCAUGGAUUUUUGGUGAAAAGGGGUAGCCAAAAUGAUACCUUUGAAGGGAAUAAUCUAGUGAACAUGUACUCGAAGAUGAAGAGAUUGGAUGAUGCGCAGCGGAUGUUUGAUGAAAUGUCUGUUAGAAAUAUCAUUACUUGGACUUCUUUAAUGAAGGGCUACUCGGAGAGUGGCGAUACAGAAUCUGUUUUUCGAAUUGCAAAUGACAUGUUUUGCACUGGAGAGAAGUUCAAUGAGCAUACUUGCUCUGUGAUUUUACAGGCGUGUAAUUCUCUGGAGGGCCGGAAGCGUGGGGAACAGGUCCACUGUUUCGCCAUAAAAAGUGGACUUGAUGAAAAUGUUACUGUGGGUACCUCAUUGAUUUCUAUGUACUCAAAAGGUGGCUGCUUGAGUGAUGCUGAGAAAGUGUUUAAUGGCAUAGAUAACAAAGAUGUUAGGUGUUUAAAUUAUAUGAUUUUGGAAUAUGGGAAGUUGGGAUGUGGAGAGAAGGCAAUGUGGGUGUUUAUCCAUCUUAUGAGAUCUGGUUUGCUGCCAAGCGAGUAUACAUAUGCUAAUAUAAUAAGUGCUUGCAAUGGAGAUAUUGGAGCAAAUGAAGGCAAGCAGUUACAUGGACUUUCUGUUAAGUAUGGUGUUGUGGGUGAAAGUCCAAUUGGAAAUGCGUUAAUAACCAUGUAUGGAAAACAUGGAAUGGUUGAAGAGGUUGAGAGGAUGUUUGAAACAAUGGAUGAGAGAAAUUUGAUUUCUUGGACUGCAAUUUUGACAGCACAUCUUAGAAAUGGCAAUGCAAAUAAGGCGAUUGAUAUUUUUUCGGAAACAUUUGCCCUUGGUUUUGCCUGUGAUUCUGUUUCCCUGUCUAUUAUGCUUGAUGGCUGCUCGGAAUGGAGAAGCCUAGAGUUAGGGGGCCAAAUCCAUGGACUAGUAAUAAAGUUUGGUUACUUAUCUGAUGUCAAGAUCGGGACUGCUCUAACUGAUAUGUAUGCUAAGUGUGGUGAUCUUCAGUCAGCCAAAAAGCAUUAUAGUAAACUUUCAAAUAAAACUACUGCCUUAUUCAAUGCAAUUCUCGUUGGAUUCAUGGAAUCAUAUGAGGAUGAGAAAGAGGAUCCAAUGGUCUUAUUCAGUCAACUGAGAUUCGAGGGUCUUUAUCCAGAUUUCAUAACUUUUUCGCGGCUUCUAAGUUUAUCAGCUGACCAAGCAAGCUUACAAGUGGGGAAGAGCCUCCAUGCUUACACCAUUAAAACAGGAUAUGAGGCCGAUUUGACAGUAAGUAAUGCUCUAAUUACCAUGUAUGCCAAAUGUGGUAGCGUUGAAGAAGCACAUAAAAUGUUUAGCGGCAUGAAAAGCUUGGAUUCUAUAUCUUGGAAUGCCAUCAUUUCUGCAUAUGCCCUUCAUGGACAUGGAAAAAGAGCAGUUUCUCUUUUUGAGGACAUGAAGAGAAAAGGAUUCUACCCUGAUCAUAUCACAACAUUGGCUAUUCUUCAAGCUUGCAGUUACUCUGGAUUAUUGGAAACUGGGCUAUCCUUGUUUAAUGAAAUGGAGCAAAAGUAUGAGAUUAGGCCGGUAGUUGAGCACUUUGCUUGCGUGGUUGAUCUUUUGGGUCGUGCAGGACAAUUCUCAGAAGCCAUGGGUUUCAUUAAAAGAAGCCCUUUUUCAGACUCAACUCUGCUUUGGAGAACUUUAGUGAAUGUAUGCAAGCUAUAUGGUGAAAUGGAAUUUGGUGUGUUGGCAUCAAAAUGUUUACUUGACUUGGAACCAGAAGAGGCAGGGUCUUACAUACUUGUUUCGAAUAUGUUCGCUGGAGGAGGAAUGUUAGACGAGGCUGCAGAGGUUAGAACUGUUAUGAAUGACUUGAAACUUAGCAAAGAGCCAGGCUGUAGUUGGAUUGAAGUUGAUGAUAAAGUUCAUUAUUUUGUGGCAAGCGAUAUGAACCACCCAGAGAGUAGGGAAAUUUAUGCAGAAUUGGAUUUAUUAAGGGAUGAAAUGCAGAGGCAUCAAAGUAGUAGUGACUUUCACCUGAUUGGGCAGCAAAGUUAGUUUACUUUAACCAAUUUUGUUAACUUCUAGACUUAUCAGUUAUGAAAAUGAGUACAUUUAAGGUUGAAACACUAGCAUAAUUUUUGAGUUGAUGUAAAUACAACUUCCAAGCACUGCAAUAUUUUCAUAAGAAUGAAUAUCAGCAUAAA